AUGACGUCAGGGCAUGAUAUGAACGCAGACUUUAAGAUCGUCCAUGAGAACUGCACCACGACGAUCAAGUCGGCCGAAGAACGUCAUCAGCGGCUUGCGGCGUGCCUCACUGACCACCAGCGGGAAGCAUCCGAAGCCGAGCAGCAGAUUGGCGCCGAAUGGACGCAGCUGAACGCAAAGGUUCGGCAAAUCACCUCGGAAAAACAGACGGCUAUUGACGAAGUCCGAAAACUGAGAGAGCAAAACGUGCUCUUGCAACAACGCCUGGAUGCCAUCAAUUCGGAUUGCCAGAAUCAUGUCACGCGGGACGAAGUCCAUAUGACAUUAAAGGAACUGCAUAGCCUCUCGUCAACAGUGACAGACAAGAUUGGUACAAAGAUGAACGAGUCCCAAGAGUCCCAAUAUGUGUACUUCGGUACCUGCUUGCCCGGGUCCGACGUGGCUCAAGACUCCUAG